AGUCAAAAAGUUGUGUAAUGAAAAUUCUUGUUCAACAAAAUCUACAAUCCGAGAGAAAAAACAACAUGCUUAAAACGUCAAAAUCGGCUUAGUAGAAAUUCUGCCCCGCAAAAAAAAGACCAAAAAGACAAAAUUCUAUUUCUCGGCUUACAGCAACUAUAUAUUUAGCGGGAGCCCUCGCACGGUCCGCUCUCAAUCUGAUAUAGUUGGGACUCGGCAGCGGGAUCCAGCACAAAUAUAUAUAUAUAUAUAGCACAUACAAGGCAUGGCCCAAAAGCCUUUGACGCCCGGAUCGAAGGCCCGCAACACAUCGCUGAACCUCGAAAACCAACUAGUCGGUGGAAGAUAUCAGGUGCUGAAGGCCAUCGGUUCGGGGUCCUUCGGGGACAUAUACCAGGGCCUGAGCCUUAAGGACGGCACGGAUGUGGCGAUCAAGGUGGAGACGGCGGACGCCAAGUACCCGCAGCUGAUGUACGAGGCCAAGGUGUACGAGCAGCUUGCCGAGAGUCCGGGCUUCCCAGCCCUAUUGCACUUCGGCUGCGAGAAGAACUACAACGCCAUGGUGAUCGAGUUACUGGGGUCCUCGCUGGAGGAGCUCUUCAACCUGUGCAAGCGCCGAUUUUCCUUGAAGACCGUCCUCAUGCUUGUCGACCAGCUGCUGCUGCGGUUGGAGUGCGUGCACGAGCACGGGUUCAUUCACCGGGACAUCAAGCCGGACAAUUUCCUAAUGGGUCUGGGCAAGCACAGCAACAAGCUUUUCCUCAUCGACUUCGGGCUCUCGAAGCGGUACAAGGACUCCGGCACGGAGCAGCACAUCCCGUACCGCAAGGACCGUAACCUCACCGGUACCGUUCGGUACGCCUCCAUAAACGCCCAGCAGGGAGUGGAGCAGUCGCGGCGUGACGACAUGGAGUCCCUGGGCUACUGCAUGAUGUACUUCAACCUUGGCAAGCUGCCCUGGCAGGGCGUCACCGCCGCCAACAAGAAACAGAAGUACGAGAGGAUCCUGGAAAAGAAGAAUAGCGUCUCGAUCGAGGAGCUCUGCAAGGGGUUUCCAGCGGAGUUUGCUCUGUACAUGAAGUACGUGCGAAACCUGCGAUUCAAGGAGCCGCCGGACCACGUCUACGUCCGGCAGCUCUUCCGCAUUCUGUUCCGCUCCUUGGGACAUCAGUACGACUACAUAUACGACUGGACCCAGCUGCACAGUCAAGAGAAGGAGCGCCUGCGUCGGGACCGGGAGCGGGAGAAGGAGCACGACCACCACCGGAUGUGCGAUCGGGUGGCCUACCAUGGACGCGAUCGGGACCGACCGCGGGAUCGGGACAUGCGCCGGACAUCCACCCAGUACGUCAUGCCGCACUCCUACCGGCGCAUGUCCAGCAAAUACGAUCGUGACUGGAUCGGCGAUGGCGCCCUCUCCAAAAGAAAAUAGCGAAGGUCGGGGGCAUGGGGGUCAGAGUUGCGGGGCAACGGCCACUCGUCUCCAUAAUAUAGGAGUAUAUCAAAAUUAUUAUAUUUCAAUAGUUAAAAGGGGUCCACGUUGGGAUGCCCAGUUUUGGUGGAAUGUUAUUUCGCAAUCAAAUCAGAUACUUUCCGAUCCUUACAAGGUUGAUACAUUUUUUAAAUCUACGAGAAAUUGUCAACUAUAA